AUUCAAAAACACGAACGCUGCAUUGUCAUCUAGCUUUGUGCUAUGUAAUCUAUUCCUUUCUUUCCAGCUCUCUCCUUGGGACCCUGAAUCUCGAGAACUAAGAGCCGAGUGCUACAUCCGACUCGGGGAUCCACGGAAGGCCAUCAUGGACCUGACACCAGCAACACGUCUCCGUUCAGACAACCGAGCAGCCUUCCUCCAACUCAGUCAACUACAUUACAGUUUGGGCGAACAUCACGACUCACUCAGUCAGGUCCGUGAGUGUCUGAAGCUGGAUCAGGAUGAUAAGGAGUGUUUUUCUCACUACAAACAGGUCAAGAAGCUCAGCAAGCAGCUGGACUCUGCAGAAGAGCUGAUCUCAGAACAGAGGUAUCAGGAGGCCAUUGAGAAGUACGAAUCUGUGAUGCGAACAGAGCCGAAUGUGGCAUUCUACACUAAUAAAGCAAAAGAGAGGAUCUGCUUCUGCUUAGUCAAAAUGAAGAGUGCUGAGGAGGCCGUAGACAUCUGUUCAGAAGCCCACCAGAGAGAUCCUCAGAAUAUCCACAUCCUCCGGGACCGAGCGGAGGCCUACAUCCUACAGCAGGAAUAUGAGAAAGCUGUGGAAGACUAUCAGGAGGCACGGGAGUUUGAUCAGGAAAACCAAGAGCUUCGUGAAGGUCUUGAACGAGCACAGAAGCUCCUCAAGCAGUCUCGCAAGAGAGACUAUUACAAGAUCCUGGGGGUCGGCAGGAGUGCCAAUAAACAGGAAAUCAUAAAAGCGUAUAGAAAGCUGGCUCAGCAGUGGCACCCUGAUAAUUUCCAGUCUGAAGCAGACAAGAAAGAAGCAGAGAAAAAGUUUAUUGAUAUCGCAUCAGCAAAGGAAGUACUCACAGAUCCAGAAAUGCGUCAGAAGUUUGAUUCCGGCGAGGACCCCCUGGACCCUGAGAAUCAGCAGGGUGGAGGAGGUGGAGGAAGCAGAGAAUGGCCCUUUGGCUUCAACCCCUUUGAGGGCGGAAACUUUCACUUCAAAUUCCAUCGACACUGAUAACCGUGGCUGAUGCAGUAUAAACGGACAAUGACUUGGACUAAGAAACCUGGUUAGAGAACCAGCUUUAUCCAAACUGAACUUUGGAGGAAUCUUAUCUUAUCUAUUGGAGGAGUUUUUUUUUUCUUUGUUGUUCUUGAGACUUGAAUCCACCGGCUGCUGGACUUCUCCAGGAGCAAAUGACUUGAUCUGGCAAACACUAUUAGUUUGGUGUUUUAUUUAGGAUUAGUUCACUUCCAGAAUGAAAAUUCGGUCAUCAUUUACUCACACCCCACUUGUUCCAAACCUGUAUGAGUUUCUGUCAUCUGUUGAACACAAAAGAAGAUAUCCUUAAAGAUGUUGGUAUCCGAACAGUUGACAGUAUUUUUUUUUUUUCUGCCGUGGAAGCAAUGGUGCUCAUCAACUGUUUCUGAUAAGCCAACAUUUUUCAGAAUAUCUUCUUUUGUACGUGUUUAACUGAAGAGAGAAACUCACACAGGUUUGGAACAAGUGGAGGGUUUGUAAAAGAUGGCAAGGCAUUCGAUCUGGAAGUGAACGAAUCCUUUAAACCCAGCUGAGUCAUUUCGGCUCAACAUUUUUUAUCCUUCAUUGACUUAUGUGCCAUCUCUAACAUUACUUUAUCUCUCUCAUGCUGUCAUAUGCUGCCUUUUUGAAUAACACUCCAGAAUUUAGGGUUGUGGUUUCUUUUAGACUGUGCCAUAAUAUUUUUAUUACACUUCCAACUGUAUAAAGCCACCAGAAAUGACCAUGCCCUUGGGCUGCUUUAUAGCCUGACACCUUUGAUCUGAAACCAGUUUGCACAAUAGUUUUUUACUGGAAUCGUUGCUUAAAGUUUACAUGUCUGUUGCUAAUGAUGAACCAGAUGGCAGUCUAUGAAGCAGCCUUUGGUGGAUUUAAUUUUCUUUUGUGGAACAAAUCAAAAAUAUGUUGCACAACAAAGCUUUGAAACCAUUAUGUAAACUUGUUGAGUUACCUCUGCACUUUCUAAAUUUGAGUUGAAGGUCUAUAAAAUGAAGAAAUCCCUAGCUAUUUCAGCAUUUUUUGGGGGUUUAUGCUUGUUAGGUUGUGCUGACAUGCCAAUGCAAUGUCUUCUUUGACCUUACUGAUGUUAAGGACAUGGGUCUUCCUAAUGUUUCAUGCUUGUUUGUUUUGUUCUAAGCUAAACAAAUACAUGAAGAUCUCCAAGAUAUACUGUAUUUAAAAAAAAAGAGAGUAUUGAAGACUUGUCAAGUGUCCUUUUUAAUUUAUUUUUUAAGACUUUUUUUCUUUCUUUCUAGGAUAUAUGUAUGGAAUUGAAAGUCGAGGCCAGCAUCAGCAUUUACUU